UCACUUUUCCGCCACUUUAUGGUGCUGACCAGGCGUCUGCGAUCAUUCUGACUUUGUAGCUUGAGCUGUAAGCAUUUUGUAAAUUAAAACAAUUAAAAAAUUUGGACUAUUUAACAUGUCGUUUGUAGCUGGUAAAGAAAAUAUUGAAAACAUGGACAAGUUUGGUUUGAAGAGCCCUCGUAAAAUUCUUGCCGAGAACGUGAAUAAUGUACGUAAAAUGUCCAUCGGUACUGAUGAACCCGUAGCCAAGGAAGCAACUUCAAACAGUGCUGGUACCACAAGCAAUGCGGGUACUUCUUUGGCCAACAAAACGGCGGUUCCCUUUGACCCAUCCAUUGAGCCGCUAUUGAAGGAAAAUCCCAAGCGUUUUGUUAUAUUCCCCAUUCAAUACUUGGAUAUAUGGCAGAUGUACAAAAAGGCAGAGGCUUCAUUUUGGACAGUGGAAGAAGUUGAUCUCUCCAAAGACUUAACUGAUUGGGAUAGAUUAACAGACAAUGAACGCUAUUUCAUAUCUCAUGUUCUGGCCUUUUUCGCCGCCUCUGAUGGUAUUGUCAAUGAAAAUUUAGUUGAACGUUUCUCGCAAGAGGUGCAAGUGACAGAAGCCCGUUGCUUCUAUGGCUUCCAAAUUGCCAUGGAAAAUGUUCACUCCGAAAUGUAUAGUAUUCUGAUCGAUACAUACAUUAAGGACCGCGAUCAACGUGAAUAUCUUUUCAAUGCCAUUGAAACAAUGCCAGCCGUUAAGAAGAAGGCCGAUUGGGCCUUGUCAUGGAUUUCAUCAGAAUCGGCUAAUUUUGGAGAACGUGUUAUUGCGUUUGCUGCCGUUGAGGGUAUAUUUUUCAGCGGUAGUUUUGCCUCCAUCUUUUGGCUUAAGAAACGUGGUCUAAUGCCUGGCUUGACAUUCUCCAAUGAAUUGAUCUCGCGUGACGAAGGCUUGCAUUGUGAUUUUGCCGUACUGAUGUUCAAAUAUCUGGUGCAGAAACCCAGCAAAGAACGUAUUAUUGAAAUCAUCCGAGAUGCUGUAAAAAUUGAACAGGAAUUCCUAACUGAAGCUCUGCCAUGUAAUUUAAUUGGAAUGAAUUGUGAAUUAAUGUCGGAAUAUAUUGAAUUUGUUGCCGAUCGUCUGCUGGUUGAAUUGGAUGUUGGCAAAAUCUACAAUACCAAAAAUCCUUUCCCCUUCAUGGAAAUGAUUUCAUUGGAUGGUAAAACAAAUUUCUUUGAACGCAAAGUGGGUGAAUACCAAAAAUGGGGCGUGACAGCCAAUCGUUUGGACAAUGUUUUUACACUGGAUGCCGACUUUUAAGCAGAUGUUUAUUUGACACCAUGCCCCAAUCUCACGUCUCCUAUUUUGUAGUAGCGUAUUAAGCUUUAUUUUAUUGUCACAUCUAUAUAUACUUAUUUUAAACGUAUUUUGUCUAUUUUAGUUGUAAUAAGGAAUCAUUCAUAUUUCAUCAUUUUAUGUGGCCCAUGCAAAAGCAAUCGUUUGUGUGGUGUUUACUUUUCUUUCGCUCAUUUUAUUAUUAAUAAUCUUAAUUUUUUUUCAAAGAAACUUCAACAUAUCGAUACUUUAGAAAAAAAGCAAA